GGGGUGGGAGUUAGGCAGGAGGUGCAGGCGGACACAGCCCUUUCUCCUCCUGGGCUGACCCAGCUGUCUGCCGGCCUUGCCUCAGGUUAGGGCCCCCUUGCCCAGCCCGGCAGCGUGGGGCUGAUCUGCCCACCUCAGGAGAGGGCCCUGCUACUCAGAGGACGCAGCAGACGGACUCAUGGGCUCCGUGAGAAAAAUGAGCAGCUCCUUCAGGAGGAGCUCGCUCAAGAGCUCCACGUCAGGCUCCCAGAAGGGCCAGAAAUCUUGGAUAGAGAAAACCUUUUGCAAACGGGAAUGUAUCUUUGUAAUCCCCAGCAUGAAAGAUCCUAACAGGUGUUGCUGUGGCCAGCUCGCCAACCAGCAUAUUCCCCCUCUUCCAACUGCAACACCCAGCAAAAAUGGAGAGGAGAACAAGCAGGUGGAAACCCAGCCUGAAAAAUGGUCUGUCAGCAGACACACCCAGAGCUACCCAACCGACACCUAUGGGAUUCUUGAAUUCCAGGGUGGUGGAUAUUCUAAUAAAGCCAUGUAUAUUCGUGUAUCUUACGACACUAAGCCAGACUCCCUGCUUCAUCUCAUGGUGAAAGACUGGCAGCUGGAACUCCCCAAGCUCUUAAUAUCAGUGCACGGAGGCCUCCAGAAUUUUGAGAUGCAGCCCAAGCUGAAGCAGGUGUUUGGGAAAGGUCUGAUCAAGGCUGCCAUGACCACGGGGGCCUGGAUCUUUACAGGAGGCGUCAGCACCGGAGUCAUCAGCCACGUGGGGGACGCCCUGAAGGACCACUCCUCCAAGUCCAGAGGCCGAGUCUGUGCUAUAGGAAUCGCCCCAUGGGGCAUGGUGGAAAAUAAAGAAGACCUCAUUGGCAAGGACGUGACAAGGGUGUACCAGACCAUGUCUAACCCUCUGAGUAAGCUGUCUGUGCUCAACAACUCACACACACACUUCAUCCUGGCCGACAAUGGGACCACGGGCAAGUACGGAGCAGAGGUGAAGCUGCGGAGACAGCUGGAAAAGCACAUCUCUCUGCAGAAGAUCAACACAAGACUAGGGCAGGGCGUGCCUGUCGUGGGGCUCGUGGUGGAAGGGGGGCCUAACGUGAUGUCUGUGGUCUUGGAAUACCUCCGGGAAGACCCUCCUGUCCCCGUGGUCAUUUGUGACGGAAGUGGACGAGCCUCGGAUAUCCUGUCCUUUGCACACAAGUACUGUGAAGAAGGAGGGAUAAUAAACGAGUCCCUCAGGGAUCAGCUUCUAGUUACCAUUCAGAAAACGUUUAAUUACAGCAAAACACAAUCACAACAGCUGUUUGCAAUUACAAUGGAGUGCAUGAAGAAGAAAGAACUUGUCACUGUGUUUAGAAUGGGCUCUGAGGGUCAGCAAGAUGUUGAGAUGGCAAUUUUAACAGCCCUGUUGAAAGGAACCAAUGCAUCAGCUCCGGAUCAACUGAGCUUGGCCCUGGCCUGGAACCGCGUUGACAUUGCGCGAAGCCAGAUCUUUGUCUUUGGGCCUCACUGGCCGCCCCUGGGAAGCCUGGCCCCUCCUGUGGAUAACAAAAUCGCAGAGAAGGACAAGAAGCCACCCACAGCCACCACCAAGGGGCGAGGAAAGGGGAAAGGCAAGAAGAAAGGGAAAGUGAAAGAGGAAGUGGAGGAGGAGACUGACCCGCGGAAGCUCGAGUUGCUAAACUGGGUGAAUGCUUUGGAGCAAGCAAUGCUGGAUGCUUUAGUCUUAGAUCGCGUUGACUUUGUGAAGCUCCUGAUUGAAAACGGAGUGAACAUGCAACACUUUCUUACCAUUCCAAGACUGGAGGAGCUUUACAACACGAGACUGGGUCCAUCAAACACACUCCAUCUGCUGGUGAGGGAUGUGAAGAAGAGUAACCUUCCGCCUGACUACCACAUCAGCCUCAUAGACAUAGGGCUCGUGCUGGAAUACCUCAUGGGGGGAGCCUACCGCUGCAACUACACCCGGAAAAGUUUUCGGACCCUUUACAACAACUUGUUUGGACCUAAGAGGCCCAAAGCUCUUAAACUUCUAGGAAUGGAAGACGAUGAGCCUCCAGUCAAAGGGAAGAAAAAGAAAAAGAAGAAAAAGGAGGAAGAGGUUGACGUCGACGUGGAUGACCCUGCGGUGAGCCGGUUCCAGUACCCCUUCCACGAGCUGAUGGUGUGGGCUGUGCUGAUGAAGCGCCAGAAAAUGGCCGUCUUCCUGUGGCAGCGUGGGGAGGAGAGCAUGGCCAAGGCCUUGGUGGCCUGCAAGCUCUACAAGGCCAUGGCCCACGAGUCCUCUGAGAGCGAGCUGGUGGAUGACAUCUCCCAAGACCUGGACAAUAAUUCCAAAGACUUUGGCCAGCUUGCCGUGGAGCUGUUAGAUCAGUCCUACAAGCAUGAUGAGCAGAUAGCCAUGAAGCUACUGACCUAUGAGCUGAAAAACUGGAGCAACUCCACCUGCCUCAAACUGGCAGUGGCAGCCAAACAUCGGGACUUCAUCGCUCACACGUGCAGCCAGAUGCUACUAACGGACAUGUGGAUGGGAAGGCUUCGCAUGAGGAAAAACCCUGGCCUGAAGGUUAUCAUGGGGAUUCUUCUUCCACCCACUAUUUUGUUUUUGGAAUUUCGCACAUAUGAUGAUUUUUCAUACCAAACAUCAAAGGAAAAUGAAGACGGCAAAGAAAAAGAAGACGAAAAUACGGAUGCAAAUGCAGAUGCUAACUCAAGAAAGGGGGAUGAGGAGAAUGAGCACAAAAAGCAGAGAAGUAUUCCCAUUGGAACAAAGAUCUGUGAAUUCUAUAAUGCGCCCAUUGUCAAGUUCUGGUUCUACACAAUAUCAUACCUGGGCUACCUCCUGCUAUUUAACUACGUCAUCCUGGUGCGGAUGGACGGCUGGCCCUCUCCCCAGGAGUGGAUCGUCAUCUCCUACAUUGUGAGCCUGGCGCUGGAGAAGAUACGCGAGAUCCUCAUGUCAGAACCAGGCAAACUCAGCCAAAAAAUAAAAGUUUGGCUUCAGGAGUAUUGGAACAUCACUGACCUCGUGGCCAUUUCCAUGUUCAUGAUCGGAGCCAUCCUGCGCCUACAGAACCAGCCGUACAUGGGCUACGGCCGGGUCAUCUACUGUGUGGACAUCAUCCUCUGGUACAUUCGUGUCUUGGAUAUCUUUGGUGUCAACAAGUACCUGGGACCCUAUGUGAUGAUGAUUGGAAAGAUGAUGAUUGACAUGCUGUACUUCGUGGUCAUCAUGCUGGUUGUGCUGAUGAGUUUCGGAGUAGCCCGUCAGGCCAUUUUGCACCCAGAGGAGAAGCCUUCCUGGAAACUGGCACGAAACAUCUUCUACAUGCCCUACUGGAUGAUCUACGGAGAGGUGUUUGCAGACCAGAUAGACCGUAAGAAUAGAAUUCAUAUGUACGCCAUGGAAAUUAAUCCCCCUUGUGGCGAAAACCUCUAUGACGAGGAAGGCAAGCGGCUCCCGCCCUGCAUCCCUGGCGCCUGGCUCACGCCUGCUCUCAUGGCCUGCUAUCUGCUCGUAGCCAACAUCCUGCUGGUCAACCUGCUGAUUGCUGUAUUCAACAAUACCUUCUUUGAAGUAAAAUCAAUAUCCAACCAAGUGUGGAAGUUCCAGCGGUAUCAACUGAUUAUGACAUUCCAUGACAGGCCUGUUCUGCCCCCUCCGAUGAUCAUUUUAAGCCAUAUCUAUAUAAUCAUUAUGCGUCUCAGUGGUCGCUGCAGGACAAAAAGAGAAGGGGACCAAGAAGAACGGGAUCGUGGCUUGAAGCUGUUCCUCAGCGAAGAGGAGCUGAAGAGGCUGCACGAGUUCGAGGAGCAGUGCGUGCAGGAGUACUUCCGAGAGAAGGAGGACGAGCAGCAGUCGUCCAGCGACGAGCGCAUCAGGGUCACUUGUGAGAGUCACAGGAGUCACGGCUGCUUGAAAGAUGAGAAUGGAACGGGAUGAAGAACUGAACAUUUAACAGCUCUGUGAAUGAUACUCUUCUUGUUCCUCAUCUCACUUGGAGAACCACUUCAGAGAUAGAUGCAGACAUCAUGCAGAUAGGAAUUUUUAAAAACCAUCUUAAUUAAUAACAAAAGCUGCGGUAGAGACUGUGGCUCAGGUCAUCAGGUCACAUCACUGAGUCAUGGGCAGCAUUGUCACUGCAGCCGUGCUCCCCAAAGGGGUCAGCUUCCCCACUAAACUUACUGCACGACCCUGACAAUGUGGUCGCCGUGGUCUCGGCAGCAGCCAAACUUCAAAGAGAAAAAGACGAGCAUGUUGGGGGCCUGGCCCCUGAACUCCAAAAGAAUAAACAGUCCUCUUCAAGGGAAAUAAAGGGGGCUGGGGAUGUAGCUCAGUGGCAUAGCGCCUGCCUGGCAAGUGCAAGGUCCUGAGUUUGAGGUCCAGUACAAGAAGAAGAAGUAGGAGAAGGAGGAGGAGGAGAAGGAGGAGAAGGAAAAGAAAAUAAGGAGGAGAAGGAGGAGAAGAGGAGGAGGAAGAGGAGAAGGAGAAGGGGAAGAAGAGGAAGAAAAGUACAGCAAGUUUACUUUUAAAGUAAAUCUACCAAGAAGAGCAUAACCAAGGGACUGUUUGGCAGGAAUACUGACCCCACUGCAACUAGGCAAUAUGACUUUGUAUUGGGCCAUGCCACUGUGGCUCCCAGGGCCAUCAACAGUGACACCCUACAGUUCAAAGGCAAGGACUAAAAAGGAGCCCCAUAUGAGGCAGGGAGAGGAAAAGGCCUGUGCUCCUAACGCCAGGUCAGUGGAGAGAUCGCAAAGGUGCCCACGCUUUCAGACAGCGGCAGAAACACAUCGCACUGCUCCCAGGCAUCAUUUACCCUUGCCAGCUCUGGAGUUCUGGGAGCCAUGUGCUUCAGGCUUAGGGACCGGCACUAUUAGGUUGGAAGUAAGGGAGAGAGAGCAUAGGAUUCUAUUAAAGCCUUUGCUCAGUGGCUGAUCAUAGAAGCUUCCCUGAAUGGAACACAAACAUUGCCAGAAAAAGCCAAUGAUUUAGAUUUUCAGUUCUAGAAACCCAGGAAACCUGGGGUCUCGCCAUGUGUGGGUGUGUAUAAAUGACGCAGCAUAGAGCUAUAAUCCCAGACAGUUUAAUAUUCUUUCAGCCACUAUUCAGUGUGUUUACUGCAAAGAAUGAGAAAGUCAGAAGAUUUAAGACUUGAAUUUUGUUGUUCCAUUAUUAGUCUUUGUUCAGUCUUUCACGUGUAAAAACUUUGUAAGUCAGCACAAGUUUCUAUCCUGGGUGUUCCCCCUGUAAUUACUGCACGACCCUGACAAUUUAAAAGGCAGCCUGUGUAAGGAAGUAAAUGGAAAUUAAAAUAGCUAGAUGUCAAAUUCAAAGUGGAUUAGACAACUUUAUGAUCUGGAAUGAAAUUACAGGGUAGGAACAGUCUUAGAACUUGUGGAAUACCGUUGGAUCUUGAAACAUGGGUUUCUUCCUGCAUGAACUGGACCCAGCUCUAGUAACAUCAUGUUUUCAUGUGAACAUUUAACUCUAUCAUUAAGGAAAUGUUCUCAUAUAAUUUAUGAGAUGCCUUGCAGGUGAAAGGUGAUUGUUGCACACAAAAAGAUGGUUUCACAUAAAGCAAGGUUUAAUAACUGGCUUAGGACAGACUUCCACAUAUCUAAGUCCCAUCCUUAUGAAGGAUGGAGCUUUCUUACCAUGAAAGCAUAAGUUUUUACCUUGCAUUUAAUAACUGAGAGUCUCUACAAAGCCCAGGCAAUCUCUUAUUAGUUACUAGAAAAGUGGCACACAUAGUACACAUAGUCCAUGUUGCUGUGUCUAUUAUUAUUUCAAUUACAUGAAAAGUGUUAUUUGUAGUUCUUCUAAUGGAAAAUGUAUUUUUGUUAAGCUAGUUUAAGGUUUAGAGACAUCAUACCCCUAGUAUGUAUGUCAAAAUGUAUAGAUUUGUAAUGAUAUAUUAUUUCACACAGUUGUGUCAUUUGAUGAUGGCAUCACAUUUACUUAUACAAUUUCAAUUAAUUUUUAUGCUGUACUGCAAGUAUGAUUAUCAUUGUUUGUAAAGGACACAUGGUGACAUACAUGUGACAAAGAGAAACUGCAAGAGUAACUCCAUCUUUAACUAGAGAAUAGGCCCAUCUCACAGGAAACCUGUAGUUGACAACACGCUUAAUCAGAAACAGGUUUGAUUUUUCCUUCAGAUAAAAACAACCAGACAAAAAAGUCAAGGUACCUGACGUCCAUUUUUAAUAUGGUACCAUUAUCUUACACAUCCUUAAUUUUAUUUGUGGGGAUCAUUUUUUAUUUUAUGGAAAAAAUAAGACAAAAGUUCAUAACAAAAUAACAGGAGAACAGCAAUCGUUAAUAUCUCGCAUAUUGUUAUCUUCAAAGUACUUACUUAGAGCACAAGAGAGAUGCAUAAAAAUUCUCCAGACAAUAUUAGCACAAACCUUUCUUUUUAAUGAACUAAGAGAAAGCAGCAAUAUAACCAUCUUCUGUUUUUUCACUUUUUCCUUCCUUCCAUUUCUCCUUCCCCUGCCUAGUUCCUCUUUCCUUUUGAACAAUUUCUUCCCAUCCACUCUAUCUGUUGUAUUUGGUCUGUAUUUACUCUUUCAGUUCCUCAUACCAGGAGACAAUGCAGUGUUUACACAUGUAAGUCUGAUUUAUUUCACUUAUGAAUAUGGUCUCAGGUUGCAUCCAUUCAUGUAUAAAUGUCUCAAGUCAUUACAAUUGAGCAGUACUCCAUUGUAUAAAAGACCAUAUCUUUUUAUCCGUUCCUCAGCUGAUAGGCAUUUGGGCUGUUUCUGAGAUAUAGCUGUUAGAAACCAGCUGCUAUAAACAUGAACAUACGUACAGCACUGUGGUACGAUGUUGUUAAUUCUCCCAAGAAGAUACCCAGAAGGGGAAUAGCUGGGUCAAGUGGAACCUCUAUUCCUAGUUUUUAAGAAAUUCUUGCACUGAUUUCCACAGUGGUUUCAUUCCCCCCAACAGUAGAGAAGAGUUCCUUUCUCCCACAGCCCUAUCAGCAUUUGUUAUUGGUCAUUUUCUUGAUGACAGCCAUUCUUUCCAGGGAGAGAUGAAAUCUCAGUGUUAUUUCAAUUUGAAUCUCUUGAAUGAUUAAAUAUGUCUUUCACAUAUUUAUUUGCUGUUUGUAUUUCUCCAUCUGAGAAGUACAUAUUCACUUCAGAUGUCCAUUCUUGGAAUGGAUCUUUGAAGUUUGGAGAGUCUGAUUUUUUUUCAGUUCUUUAUAUGUUCUAGAUAUUAGUCCUUUGUCCAAGGGACAACUGGCUAAAAUUUUUUCCCAUUGUAUGGGUUGUCUUUUCACUCUGUUGGUGAUUUCUUUUACUGUUACAUGUUCGUAGUUUAAGAAAUACACACACACACACACACACACACACACACACACACACACACACACAGUUUGAAACCGAUGAGGGCAUUAGAGAGUAUCUUUCUAACAGAGAAGCCCAAAGACCACCUCUACAAGUCUCUGAACCCAAGAGAGAAAUCUAAAGGAGUUAGGGGACACAGCGAUUAUUAAUCAAGACUGUUGAAUGAAAUAAAUGGGGCUCCAUGCUCCUUUCUAGGAGUCCACUGGAAGCAGUUAAGGGCAGGGCAAAGAGUGCCAUAAAUCAAGUGGACUUUGAAAUUGUACUCCAAGACAGGGAAUGAUUAACAUGGGCCCAAAUAGCUUAUGGAUUCUGUUUGUUUAUAGUUGCCUUCCACCUAAAAGACUGGUGAAGGCCAGCACUCAGUGACUGUUCUGCAGCCCUGCCAGCGGGAAGUCAUGCAUCUGGGCUUUAGAGAAUGGUCUCCGUGCCCUGCUCUAAAGUAUUCUUGAAUGGAAGGGUUUUUUUUUUUUUUUUUUUCUGUGAAAUAAGUGCUUCCUAGCUUGUGAAAUGGAAAACUAACGGAAGGUCAGGUGUGGUGGUGCGACCUGUAGCCCCGGCACUUGGGAGGCUGAGGUAGGAGGACCAUGGAGAGUUUAAGGUCAACCUAAACUACAUAGUGAGAUCCUGUCUCCCAAAAAAAAAGUAGGAAAAGAAAGAGAAAACCAGUGGAGCUAUCUCAUGUGAUCUACAAGGAAAGUCAAAUACAAAAAUGGGUACAGAAACCAUUGGAGGAAAGUGGCCAGCUGUAGAUCUAAUAAGAAAUCAGUGUUGCCAUAUAUAAGAAAGCAUACUUUGCAUGUCAAAAGUACUAAUCACCCAAAAAUUCUGUCCUUUUAACUGAAUACUGGCCUCCCUAGAAAAAUGGUUAUGAGUUAUGUGACCAAGUGAUUUGAAGUAACAGAAAGUAUUAGCAUAUUUUGUAAAAUAAAUAUUUCAAGAUGUCGAAA